AUGCAGAUUCUAAACAUUGGUGGGGGAUUUCGAUCAUCAACUCCACUGUUCGAGGAAAUAGCUGAUGUGGUAAAUGAAGCAGUCAAAGAUUACUUCCCCGACCCUAAUUUAACUAUGAUUGCAGAGCCAGGGCGAUUCUUUCCUGAAACGGCUUUUACGUUAGUCACACAUGUGAUUGGCAAAAGAGUUAGAGGUGAGAAAAUAGAGUAUUGGAUUGACGAAGGGAUUUAUGGAUCCUUUAGACCAACACUUUACAACAGUUGCUUUGUGGGUAUCAAGCCACUUUCACGGCAGAAAUCAAAAGAAUCUAGUCAAAUAUAUGAAUCGACAAUCUAUGGACCAAGUUGUGACUCCCUUGAUGCAGUGGCUGUUGGCAUAAAGUUGGUGGAGCUUCAGAUGGGCGAUUUGAUAGUGUUUUAUAACAUGGGUGCAUAUUCAAAAUGUGCAGGAACCAUGUUUAAUGGAUUUGAUAUGUUAUCCGUACCUACCUAUCUUGUCCACACAAAUUCUAGCUAAAACUUAGGAUAGUCCGGUGAAUUAAAGCUUUCGCGUAUUCAGAGGCGGAUCUAGGAUCCUGACUCUCUGGGUGCCAAACAAACUUAUCAAUUAAAUUAAUCAGAUUAUUCA